ACCCCGGGCGGUCGGACGGGCCGACGCCGGUCGCAGCUCGGGCCGUGCCCGCCGAGAGAUCCGGACCCACCGUGUUCCCCGGGGCCGGGGCCGGGGUCGGGGCCGGAGCCGGGGUGGGUGGGGGCUCAGGCCCGGGGGAUGCUGGGCUCGGUGAAGAUGGAGGCCCAUGACCUGGCCGAGUGGAGCUACUACCCGGAGACGGGCGAGGUCUACUCUCCAGUGACCCCAGUGCCUACCAUGACACCUCUCAACUCCUACAUGACCUUAAACCCUCUAAGCUCUCCCUACUCCCCUGGGGGGCUUCCUGCCUCCCCACUGCCCUCCGGACCCCUGGCACCACCCACCCCAUCAGCACCCCUGGGGCCCACCUUCCCUGGCCUGGGUGCCAGCAGUGGUGGAGGUAGCAGCUCAGGGUAUGGGAGCCCAGGGGCCGGGCUGGUGCACGAGAAGGAGAUGCCCAAGGGCUACCGGCGACCUCUGGCCCAUGCCAAGCCACCGUAUUCCUACAUCUCGCUCAUAACCAUGGCCAUCCAGCAGGCACCCGGCAAGAUGCUCACACUGAGUGAGAUCUACCAGUGGAUCAUGGACCUCUUCCCGUACUACCGGGAGAACCAGCAGCGCUGGCAGAACUCCAUCCGCCACUCACUGUCCUUCAACGACUGCUUUGUCAAGGUGGCGCGCUCCCCGGACAAGCCGGGUAAGGGCUCCUACUGGGCGCUGCACCCCAGCUCGGGAAACAUGUUCGAGAAUGGCUGCUACCUGCGCCGUCAGAAGCGCUUCAAGCUGGAGGAGAAGGUGAAGAAAGGGACCAGCGGGACCUCUGCUGCCAGGGCCGCCACAGGGUCUGCUGCUCCAUCCACCACCGCUGCUGCCGCUGUGACCUCCCCAGCGCAGGCCCCGCCCCCACGCCCUGAGCCUGAGGCCCAGGGUGCAGGGGAGGACGUGGGGGCUCUGGACUGUGGCUCGCCCACUUCUUCCACACCCUACUUCACUGGCCUGGAGCUCCCAGGGGAGCUGAAGCUCGAUGCCCCCUACAACUUCAACCACCCUUUCUCCAUCAACAACCUGAUGUCGGAACAGACACCAGCGCCUCCCAAACUGGACGUGGGGUUUGGGGGUUAUGGGGCUGAGAAUGGGGAGUCUGGGGUCUACUACCAGGGCCUCUAUUCCCGCUCUCUGCUUAAUGCAUCCUAGCAGGGAGGUGGAAUGUGGUGGUGGGGUAUGGCCAUGGCUUCUUCCUGUCUUCAGGCUCUUCAGGCCUGAUCCUUCCAGUGCCACUCUGCUUGUGCCAUUUUGUCUAUUACUGUGAUGACUCACUGAGUACUGUGACAACCACCAUGAACAACACUGGUGACCCCAUGGGCUGCUUCCAAGGCUGCCAUGCUGACUGAUGUUACUGGCUGAAGCCUUGGGCGCUUCAAUAGCUGCCAUCUGGGAUGACAUCUGAGUUGGCCCUUUGGGUGUGGUGAUACCAUUUAGUGACAUCUCCUGUGACCCACUGGGUGCUGGGAUGAUUUGUAUUUUGGUGGAUUUGGCGCAGUAGAUGCCAACUUGGCUGGCAUCCUGCAUAACAUCUCUUUUGGCCCAUGGGGUGCUUGGAGGACCACAGUAUUGGCCAUGUGGCAUCAGUAUGCCAUUGACCAUUAUGGUGGCUUUACAGCCACUGUGGCCCUGUGUUGGCUGUUAUCACUGUAGCUUUGGUGUGGACUAGGAGAGGGAUGCGGAUGAGAAGAUGCCUUCAUUUUCUCUGACACCCAGCCUCCAGCGGUGUCCAAGGGAAACCAGAAAGGGCUAGCUAGGGUGUGGGGAAUUUCUACUGAAGUCAAAUUCUUGCCUGGGGAGCGGGAUAUUGGCUAUGUUUGACAUUAAAGGCACCGAUUCCACCUCUUA